AUGGACAAACACCACACGGGCCGCGUGCCUCUGAGUCGUUUCUACUCCAAGAGGUUGAGCGCGGAGUGGCGGUUCGCGGAGUCCGAGGACUACUUGCGCGAGCUGGGGGCGCUUGACGAGACCUCCCGGUGGCACGGCAAGGAGGUGAUUAUCCCGAACUAUUUGGAGGGGCCUGCGCAGAGGGCGCAGACGCGCGCUGCGCUAUUGGAUUAUAGACAGAGGUUGGCGAACAAGCGCCCGAUCGCGGCGCGCUUCGACCCCGGCCUGGGUCGCAGCCGCCGCCGCCAUUCGGACUUCGUCGCGGGCUCGAAGAUGAGGGGGCUUGCGGGGCGUCGCGGGGUGGGCGAGAUGGGGGCCGACCCGGCGCCGAUCUUCGCGGGCGUUGCCGACGCGACAGAUGUUUUCCGCAAUCUGAUCAAGGCAGAGCGCAUGCGCGCGCGCCCUGGGCUGCCCUCGGCGCGGGCCGAGGACGUCGGGAUCGCGGGGGGAUGCGUCGACGGCGCGCUAGCGCAGAAGGGCGAUCUGAUCGCGCCUUCGGCGCUAGCGCUGUUAUGGCUGCGGCGCUGCAUGUACGUGGGCAACCUAGGCGCGCUGGACGACUACCCGGGGGCCGCGCGGCGCGCGUUGCCACGGGUGGCGAAGGCGUUCGAGGGCUUCGAUGUUCUGGCUCGCGGCGAGGGAAUCAGUGGCGACUGCGCGGAAGUGCUGGGGGGCGUCUUGGCGAGCUUCAGCGGGCGUGCCGCGUCCAAUUGCAUCGUGGCCACGCCGCACUACCUCGUGUGCUGCAUGGACUCUUGCGAAGGCAUUCUCGGCGAGCUCGAGGCCGGCAUCAACGCGGCCGUGGCGGCCCCUGCUGAGAUUCUCGCGCUCGUAAUGAACAUGUCGUCCCAGACAUCCGUGGACGAUGAGGAGCCCCCGAAACUCGAGGGGUCGCUCUCGCGGCAGCUCGACGAGAUCGCCUCCGCGCACGGGGGCAAGGCCCGGGAAGCACGGCGACCGCCCAGACCUUUAAUUUCGUUAGAAAAUUGCAGCGGAUGUUGUCCCAGCGCCAGCAAGAAUUUGCAUUCACAUGUUACGAGGUCCGCGAAGAUUUAGUGGGUCGGCGCUGGGUCCCGGCGCGCGGAGCGCGCCAGGGCUGGCACUGGAGGCGCCGCCAGGCGAGCAUCAGAGCGCGAGUCCUGAUUCUCGGCUCGAAGGUGCCCCGUUGCCUCUCCGCUGCCGCGGGGUCCGGAUUUUCGGAUCGUGGGCGCUCCGUUGCCACCCGAUUGCCGCGGCGUUGCCGCCAUGUUAGCCGCCCC